AUGCCGACAAAGGUCAGCCCGGUCCACGCCAAGAGUCCACCCGGGCGUGGCACACCUUCCUCCCGGCCGGACUGCGUCGGGGGCAGGGAGUCCGCUCCAACUUUCACAUUCGCGGGGCCCAGAAAGCGACGCUGCAGGAAGUUUCGCCGGAGCCCGGCACCGACGCUUCCCCGCCAGCCAGGCCGCCGAGGGGGCUGGGCGCGGCCCGCCAGCGCGCACCGAGGGCGCCGGAACAAAGUUUCGAGACCGGGAGAAACUUUCCUGAGAGAAAGCGCCGCGGCCGUGCGGGGCCUGCAGCUCGCUACGCUCCGGCCACCACGACCCCUCAAACUUCCCGAGCGCCAGGAAGCGCCGGCCCCGCCGCCCCGUCAGGGCCCAGGCCGGGGGGACCCUGAGAGGAAGCGGCCGGACGCCGCACCCGCGUCCACGGAGCCGAGUUCGGGCGGGGCCGCGGAGGAGACGCCGUCCCGCCCGCCCGCGGGGCCCGGAGGAGGGCAGUCCCGCCUGAAGGGCCCCUCGGUUGGGCUCCGGAGCCCGCGUCAGCGCCAAGAGUUACCUGCGGCGAGCAGGGAGAGCGCAGAAGGAUUUCCGAGGCCUGAAACCGACCGCCGCCGCUUUGUCUCCCGCCCGUCCGGCCCCGAGGAGGAAAUGGGCCGCUCGGCGCCCCCGCCCCCGGCCCGUCCCCCGCCCCGCGGCCCGACCGCCCCGCCCGCCCUUCCCAGCACCUCCCUCCGGCGCUGGCAGGGCUCUUCCCGGCGCCUCCCGCCGCCGCCCCGCCCCGCCCCGCCCCACUUUUCCAGAGUGAAGGAGGACCUGAGUGUUGUGGAAUCCAGGGACGGCAUUAGGUCCAAGAAUGGCAAGACCAGCAAGAAGCUCACCAUUGCUGAUUGUGGAUAA